GUUUUCUCUUAGCAUUACAAGGAUGGUGGUUGCUGGCGAACUGCAACUAGGUUACAGCGAUAGUUUUCCAGUUGAAGCUAACUCACGCUAACAGUUAACAGUUACAUUUAGCUAACGCCAACUGCUGGUGUGUGUAGUUGUACCCACUGCUACUGUAUUACAACCAGUGUUGUGGCUAAUACUAAUAGCUGGCGUUAGUUUGAGAAGUAUAGCGUUUUUGCAAAGGUGACUUUGGAGAUUUGUUGCUGCUGCCCCCUCAUCCCGUUAGCCGCUGUCAGUUUAGUUGGAGUCUUUUGUUUUUAGCCUGUAGAUGUGGAGAUAAAGCUACGCUGGUUUGCUGAAAUUAGGCAUGUGAAUGUGAGUAUUCGUGAGUACACACCAGCAGUUUUACUUUCGUGCUGGGCUGAUAGAGAUCUACACACAGGACUUUGCAGUUUUUGAGACUACAUUGGAGUCCGGACUGAAGAAAAGAGGCUGAGGAAGAAGCAUGACCACUGACCAGGAGCCCACGUUCACAGUCAAGCUGCUGCAGCUGCUGCUGCUCUCCACCUAUUGGGGAAUGCAGAUUUGGGUCACCUUCAUUUCAAGCUUUGUGAUGGACAACCACCUGAACAGACACACUUAUGGGUUCAUCCAGAGUCGUCUUGUCCCAUUUUACCUCCACUUGGGUUCAGCUUGUGCCUUCUUCAACCUCACCAUCUUCGCUGUGUAUCAUCCCAGAGACAUGCUGGAUGACAGAGAAGCCUUUCAGAUCUUCAUCUUUUUUGUGUCGGUGACAGUUGCGGCUGUCAAUGCCCAGUGGUUUGGCCAAAUGACAUCAGAGAUCAUGGCAGACAUGCACCUUAUCGAGCAGGCAUGCGGACUGGGGCAGGACAUCGGCCUGUCGUCCAACCGCGAAGCUUACGCCAAGCUGUGUGAGACAGAUGUCAAAUACAGACACCUCAGCAGUCGUCUGUGGCUGUACAGACUGCUGUCCUCCCUCUGUAACCUCUGCUGCAUUGGCUGCAACUUCUAUAGUCUGUGUUACAUGGCCGAAAACCUCGUCACACUUUAAAAAACCUGACACGUGGCAGUUAGACUGUUAAAUUUGCAUAUCACUCCUUUACAAAACACUUCAACAAUCAAACAGUAAGUUAUGUAUUUAAUUUAAGUCUUUCUCUCUCUGCCUUUUCGGUUAUGAGAUAAAACGUCAGGUAAGCUUUGUUGUUCUUGUGCCUUGGGGAAUAAUUAAAGGACUCAGCCUCCAUGCUUAGAUUUACUUGUUGUUGGUUUUGAGACAAUCAGGGUCACCAAAGUUGCAUUUUUCUCCUAAAGGUUGUAGGGAGGCAAAUCAGUUCCUGCAAGACUAAUGUUUGACCUUUUAUACUCCUUUAGUGUGGCUGAGGCUGGUGGCACCCUUGAGAUUUCCUUUUACCAUUAUACUAUGGUGCAUUUCAGGAAACACAAAAUAUGAGGAAUGUUUUUAACAACUUUGCACUCAUACUAUCAGAGACAUCGGAAAGAUAAUCGAAGUGCACUGUACCUUUUCUUAUAUGUAAGCAGCAGAAAGGUGCCUUCACUAAGGAAACUGCUCCCAUGCUGCUCAGUCCUGCUCUUCCUGUUUGGGUGCAGUUUUAAUACUUGGUUCGCAGUGUGGUGUCACAGGUUUGUCAGGCUUACCUUGCGCUAACUUAAGAGCACCUUUGCCUCUUGCUAGCAUUAAACAUAAGGGGUUGAACACUUUUAUUAUAUGGCAUACAGUCAGUACUACUUUUAAAACACACUUGCACUAGAGAUGUGACUGUUUUAUUGGACUUGGGUUUUAUUGCUGUUUGUAAACUGUUCCAUUGUAUUUAUCUGUAGGCGACCAGUCAUGCAGAUGUUGUAAGAAAUGUGGCUGCACAGGGGCUCUGCAGUAUUGUUUACUCAAAGACCUGAAUGGGAUCUCUGCAUACUGAACACUUUCACUAAUACUCCCAGUAUGACCACCAUGAAUAUUGUUAGCAUACACUGGGCCUCAAAUGGAAACUGUCACCUGAAUUACUGAAGUGUGUUUUGCUUUAUCCUCUAAUAGCUCUCGGUACAGUAUGUCUGAAUGUGUUCAUGCAUUGUGAAGUGGCAGUUGGGAAGUUACGCAGGAAUGAUUGGAAUUGAAGCCAGUUCAUUUUAGAGUUGCACUUUGACUCGAGUUGCGUUCUGUACAGCACAAGCGUCAGGGCUUUUUCUCAUAGUUUGCAUAUGUUUGCGUUGUUUAGUCCACAUAUCAAGGUGAGCAGAUCUAUGGUUAUAUAUUCUGUUUUCUUUUUACGCACAUGUUGACACUAUGUUAAACUUCUGCUGCUAUGAUGGCCCCUCCUUGUUGCAACUGUUAAAGUAAAAGUCUGCUAUCAGUGUGUUUCUUCUGUUCCUCUGCUUUUUGUUUGCAUUGCUUAGAAGAAUUAUCCAUUAAACCAAAGUUAAAAAAUGCCAUCAACCCUAACAGGACUUCCGUAGUCAGGACAGAGGCGGCUCAGUAGUUUCCAAAACUUCUUUCUUUCCUUUUUCUUUUGCUGGUUCUGACUGGACUGAUGAAGGUGCUUGUUAUAUGCCCAUUACAAACAAAAACAAUGCAAUAUUUCACAGUAAACUGUACACAUCCUUUAUGUUGUGUUGCCUGUUAGCUCGAAAAAUUCAGUGCAAGUGGUUUGACAGUAUUGUGCAUAAACAUAAAGGCUUUAUUUGGAUGUGACAUUUUAGAAAUCAUUUUUCAUUAAUUUGUAAAUAUUUAUGCUGGUCUGUUAAUGUUUGAGAAUGAAUGGAUUGUAACUGUUAGUGUGGCUUGUGUAAUACUGAAUGUAAGUCACCUGAAGACCACUGAGGCCAGAGGUUAUGAGAUGUUUAUGGCAGAGGGUUUGUAUCGAAGAUGUUUUGACUUAAGUGGUCAGUUUUUGUAUUAAAACAUGAUAUUUCUCA